GUCACUGAUCCAGCUAUGGAGACAGCUGCAGAUCUUCGGGACAUAGCCUCGUUAACUCUGAAGUUUGAGUUUAACCCGAAGCUGGGGAUUGAUAAUCCUGUCCUCUCCCUGGCUGAAGAACAAGACCUCUCUGAUCCCUGGAGCCUGAAGCGGCCUCGCUUCUGUCUGCUGAGCAAAGAGGAUGGCAGGAGCUUUGGCUUCCACCUGCGGCCAGAGCUGGGUGGGGCUGGCCACGUGGUGUGCAGGGUGCAGCCAGGCUCCUCAGCCCAGCGCCAGGGUCUUCGGGAGGGGGACCGCAUCCUGGGGGUCAACAGCCAUGACGUGGAGCACGAAGACUAUGCAGUGGUGGUCCGUCGUAUCCGGGCCAGCGGGCCCCGCGUAUUGCUGAUGGUUUGGGCACGGCAGGUGCAUGACGUGGCCCGAGCUCAGCAGGGGAACGCUGCACACCACUGUCCUAUCCUCGGCCCAGGGGUCCGGCCCCGGCUGUGUCACAUAAUGAAAGAUGAGGGUGGCUUUGGCUUCAGUGUCACUCAUGGAAAGCAGGGUCCUUUCUGGUUGGUGCUAAGUACUGGGGGAGCAGCUGAGCGGGCAGGGGUACCUCCUGGGGCCCGACUGCUAGAAGUGAAUGGGGUCAAUGUGGAGAAGUACACUCAUCACCAACUCAGCAGGAAGCUUUGGCAGAGUGGACAGCAGGUGACCCUGCUGGUGGCAGGGCCAGAGGUGGAGGAACAGUGUCGCCAGCUAGGAAUGCCCCUGGCUGCGCCCCUGGCAGAGGGCUGUGCACUGCCUGCCAAGCCCCGCUGUCUGCACCUAGAGAAAGGGCCCAAGGGCUUCGGGUUCCUGCUCCGGGAGGAGAAGGGCCUUGGCGGUCGCCUUGGACAGUUCCUACGGGAGGUGGAGCCAGGACUGCCAGCCGAGAAGGCCGGGAUGCAGGCUGGGGACCGGCUGGUGGCUGUGGCCGGGGAGAGUGUGGAGGGGCUGGGCCAUGAAGAAACGGUGUCCAGGAUCCGGGCGCAGGGUGCCUGCGUCUCCCUCACCGUCAUCGAUCCUGAGGCUGACCGCUUCUUCAGCAUGGUUCGCCUCUCCCCGCUCCUGUUUUUGGAGAGCACAGAGGCUCCUGCCUCUCCCCAGGACAUCGUCUCAGCCCCUCUGGUUGAGGUCAGGGACCCAGCAGCUGAAGACACAGCUGUGGCUCCUGUCCUUCCUGGUCCCCGCCAGUGCCUUCUCUACCCUGGGCCUGGCGGUGGCUAUGGUUUCCGGCUCAGCUGUGUGGCCAGUGGCCCUGAUAUCUUCAUCUCCCAGGUGACCCCAGGAGGCUCAGCUGCCCAGGCAGGGCUGCAGAUGGGCGAUGUGGUUCUGGAGGUGAAUGGGUGUCCUGUGGGUGGAGAGAAUGACCCAGAAAGGCUUCAGCAGCUGGCUGAGGCUGAGCCACCCCUCUGCCUGAAGCUAGUGGCCAGGUCUCAGCAAGGCUUGGAAGACUGGAUUCUCCUAGGGUCUGGAGAGAAUUGGGCUCUGGCCUCAGAUCUGCUGUAGAGCAAUCCUGCUUGCAACAGAUCUACCCAGGAGAAUGUCUUCACUCUCCAUCCUGAGGAGCUGCUGUCAUUAAGCCAAAAGCUAGAGCCAAAAGCUGGAGCUCCAGGAUUCUGGAUGCCUCCAAUCACAGGACAACCCACAGUGUCUCUCUGUUCGCAUGGACCUACCUCCCACAGAGGGUGUGGCCAGAGUCUUCAGGCAGACCCAUGCGGGAGUCUGUUCCCAGCUGACCCUCCCCUCUGGCUCCAGAGGAGGUCACCUGGGAGCUGUGGGGAAGUUGUGCCCCAAGGAUGUGGUUGUGCCUGAGAAGGGUAGGCCAUGGGGCUGGCCAGGAUUGAAGCCACCUGGAACUUGCCCUAGGCCUGCUCAGGACUCUGGACCUGCUGCAAGAGCUUGGAGACCAGCUCUCCCUUCCCUCUGGUGCUGGUCACUAUAGCAUCUGAUGUUAUACAAAUGGCUUUUCCUGACAAA